AUGAAUCAAGCCUUCUUGAUGAUGCUACAGAGGAUGCAAGCAAUGGAUGAACGCCAACAACUCAUGCAAGAGCAGGUUCUUGAGCUUCUUCGACAACAGCAAAAUGCUGCACCACCUCAGGAUGCUGGAACACACAGAGAUAAUGCCACAACAGACCUCUACAACUCUCUACAGCUCGAAAUCAAACAGCUUACCAAAUAG